GGCCGGUGGUGGGCGUCAGGGGAGAGGGUACAAACACUGUGCAUGCGCAGUCAAUUCAGCUUCUUCCUGCCGGACAUCAUUUGAACGUUAGAUCACAUCUCUUAGCGUGUCACUGACUUUCACAGCAGUAUUUAUCUCGAGUGUCUUUUAUGAAUAAUCCAAAGCAGCAGAAGCCAACGCUAACUGGCCAGCGUUUUAAAACUAGGAAAAGAGAUGAAAAAGAGAAGUUUGAGCCUACUCAGUUCCAAGAUUCUAUUAUCCAAGGUUUGAAUGAAAAUGGCAGUGAUCUGGAGGCUGUAGCAAAAUUUCUUGAUGCUUCUGGAGCAAAGCUCGACUACCGUCGCUAUGCCGAAACCCUGUUUGAUAUCCUGGUGGCCGGUGGGAUGCUGGCUCCAGGUGGUACCCUUGCUGAUAACGUGACCCGUACCGAUGUCUGUGUGUUUGCUGCUCAAGAAAACCUAGAGACCAUACGUGCAUAUGCUCAGGUGUUUAAUAAGCUGAUCAGGCGUUACAAAUACCUGGAGAGAGGAUUUGAAGAGGAAAUAAAAAAGCUGCUGCUGUUCUUGAAGGGUUUUACAGAGUCUGAACGAACCAAGCUAGCCAUGUUGACUGGGAUUUUGUUAGGAAAUGGAACUUUAUCAUCCUCUAUUUUGAGCAGCCUCUUCAAUGAGAAUUUGGUCAAAGAAGGUGUUUCAGCAGCAUUUGCUGUAAAACUUUUUAAAUCUUGGAUAUCUGAAAAGGACAUAAAUGCAGUGGCUGGGAGUCUCCGAAAGGUCAACAUGGACAAUAGAUUACUGGAACUGUUCCCAGCUAAUAAACAGAGUUAUGAUCACUUCGUUAAGUACUUUACUGAUGCAGGGUUGAAGGAACUUGCGGACUUUGUCCGUAACCAGCAAUCUCUUGGUGCACGGAAGGAGCUGCAAAAGGAACUCCAAGACCAAAUGGCCCGUGGUGAUCCUCUCAAAGAGAUCAUCAGUUAUGCCAAAGAAGAGAUGAAGAAAAAUAGCAUCUCUGAACAGACUAUGAUAAGUAUUGUCUGGAACUGUGUAAUGGGCGCAGUGGAGUGGAACAAGAAAGAAGAAUUGCUAACAGAACAAGCCAUUAAGCACUUAAAGCAAUACAGUCCUCUCCUUUCUGCCUUCACUGCCCAAGGUCAGUCUGAGCUGACUUUGCUGCUGAAGAUUCAGGAAUACUGUUAUGACAACAUUCAAUUCAUGAGGGCCUUUCAGAAAAUUGUGGUGCUUUUCUAUAAAGCUGACGUUCUGAGUGAAGAAGCCAUCCUGAAAUGGUACCGAGAGCCAAACAUGGCAAAAGGAAGGAGCAUCUUCCUGGAGCAGAUGAAGAAAUUUGUCGAGUGGCUCAAGAAUGCUGAAGAAGAAUCUGAGUCUGAAAGUGAAGAGGACUGAAUUUGGACGAAUGUCAAUUAAAAUCAUGUUCUGUAUUUUUAAUAAACCACAGGGGUUGUAGAAGUGAAUUUUGGAGUUCAGAAAUUGUCUUGAUUUGGCAUUCUACCUCCUGUAUUUUCUACUGUAAUAUCUAAAUGUAAAUUAAGGGCUUUACAGUGAUCACACUGGUUUGUUUUAAUUCUGUUUUCUAUAAUAAAGUUAUUGCAGACAUCUUCUGACUUUUUAAAUUAUCGGUUAUAAAAGUCAGUUGCAGUUACUUUGGGUUUUUUUUUUGAAGUUCAUAGUGAUGAAGCUUUAUUUUUCUGGGGAGGUUCUCAUUUUCAGAUUUAACGGUAAAUCAGUGCUUUCCUGAUGAAUCUUGGGUGUUAUAUCAAAGGGCACAAAUUUUACACUAUCUUAAGUUAAGCCUCAAAGGGUUCAGCACUUGCCGCUAAAUGACAGUAUCUUGUGGGCCUUGUAAUGGGUAAGUUUCUUAAAUUAAGGACGUAUUAUACCACCCUGGGUUAUAUUACACCUUAAUACAACUUGUUCAGAAAGUUACCAAGAAUUUACAGGAGGAUGAAGUCCAGAAAAUAAGACUAUUUUAUUACAGUCCCCUUUCCUUUGACUACACAGUUGUUCUGUCCAAAUCAAAAUUGAGUACUUGUUCAGUCCCAACUAAAACAGUGGUGUUGUCUUAAUGGUUUCUUGCAUUGUGAAUGGAGAAUUUCAAGUGCAUCUUAGUUUGUGUGGUCCUACAAUCCCUUUUGCCAGUAUGCUGAGUGGUUUAAAUCACAUUGGUUCUUUUGUUGUUAUGUAUUCUUUGCAAACCUGUUACUCCAAGGAGCACAAUCAGUCCUCAAAUGUACACUGACUGCAGGUUGUUAGAUCAAUGAAUUUUUGACCUGUGGUUUGAGAAACUUGUGAAUACAAUUAGUUUUUGAGGCUCAUUUUUGUAAUAGACAAAACAGGAAGGAUGGUUCAGAACAAUUCAGCUCUGUCACUUUAAGUGCAUUUCUUUUGGUGGUCAUUGCAACUUAAAUGAACCCAGUGGGGGAGAUGCAAGAUGUUUUCUGAAAUCAUGGUUGGAAAACCCUUUCUUUACACGGUUAUUGUGUUAAAUGAUGGAGAAUCCUUCCCAUUAAAAGAAUUGUUAACUUUGGUUAUAUAUGUACCAAAAAUUAAACUACUUUUUAAUCAAUCAA